AUGCCGGUUCAAGGUAUCAGGGCAGUGUCUACUGCAAAGAACGGCGUGGGUGCCUUCAUUCUACAAUGCAAGCGUAUAGAUUUCCAUUAUUGCGACUGGGCAGGUAGCUCACGGGGCAUGGUGAGCUUCUUGAAGAACAAACUUCCUUCCUUCGCGAAAGCCAAUCCCCAGGUCGAAAUUCGAGUGUCCCCACGACCACACAAGCACCCGGUUAUCAAAGGCCACUAUAUCAAUGGACGAGAGAAAGCGAUCUGUGUUCGCAAUCUUGAACCUGAGCAAAUAUUCAACAAGGCCAACCUGUUAAAAGAAGCCAAUGGCGAGAAGUUGAAGCGUACCAAGAAGCCUGUGUCGAGUAUCAACGAGAGUGUGCGUGGCAUCUGGUCACCGUAUCAUGGAGAUCUUAAGAGGGUAUAA